AUGCAUCGAACAGCAGUGGUCAAGGAAAUGAGUAAAAAGUAGGUUUUUGAUUGAUUUUCAGCCAAACUGGAAUUAUUUUUUUGCAGAGUUGCGAAGACUGUCGCCGCCCGACAUACACAAUAUAGUCAUGCGAAGACUGGUGGAUUUUCACAAGAUGGUCCGCAAUUACACAAUCCUUAUAGGUUGGUUUGAAAAAAUCCACGUUGCUUGAAUUUCGGCGCGAAAAAAAUGUCAAAAUUCAAAUUUGCCCCCAGAAAUCUAGAUUUGAAAAUCCUAAUUUUCUGCCACGUGGAUUUUUUGUACUGAAAAAUCUGAAAUUUCAACAUUUUUUGCCAAACCUAUUCAAAAAACUUAUAGCCAAAUAAUGAAAACAGAACAUUUUGAAGCUUAAAAUCCACGUGGCAAAUUUUAUUGUGAAAUUUUGAAUUCGUCUAUUAUCGAAAAUCUCAUCGCUACCACGCGCUCCACCGAAAUAAACACGCAACGCAGACCGCGUCGCGCCACAACACACAAAAAGGGGAACGAUUCAAAUUCCCUCCCUUUUUAGUGUGUGUGUUGUGGCGCGACGCGGUCUGCGUUGCGUGUUUAUUUCGGUGGAGCGCGUGGUACCGAUGAGAUUUUCGAUAAUAUUGUUCUGCAAAAUUGAAUGCCACGUGGAUUUUAAAAAAAUUGAAUUCUGUAUUUUGAAUUUUUUACUGAAAUUUAAAAUUUUUCCACGUGGCAAACCUAUUCAAAUAAUCUUUGUUUAUAGCCAAAUAAUGAAAAACAGAAGCUAAAAAUCCACGUGGAACCUCAUUUUUUGCACCAAAACCCAAAUUCCUCAUUCCAGAGACGAUCCAAUCCUCGACAAAGCUCUCCGUCGUCUUCUCCCCCAAAAAUCCUACGAAAAAGUGGCUCAAGAUCUAAAUCGCUUUGGCGAUCGAAUCACCCAAGAAAUCGAUAAUCUCGGAAGACGAGCCGAUUUGGAGCCACCAAAAUUGGAGCAACAAAAUGCGUGGGGAAAACGUGUGGAUCAUUUGCAAGUCUGCCCAGAAUGGUAUCGAUUGAAGGAGAUUUGUGCGGAAGAAGGUGUGAUUUCGAUUGGAUAUGAUGAAAAUAGUGAUGCAUUUGAGAGACGAAUUCAUCAGGUUGCGAAAUUAUUCCUUUUUUCACCGGCUUCUGGCUUGGUUUCUUGCCCAAUGGCUAUGACUGAUGGAGCUGUAAAGACUUUGACUUCGCUCAAAUUAUACGGGAAAAAUCGAUUGGCUACUGAAGCUAUUGAUAGAUUGAGAGAAAGGGAUCCGAAAAAAGUGAGUUUUGUGCAGAAAAACCAAGAUUUUUGGUUAAAAAUGAGCUAUUUUUGAUGGAAAACCACACAUAUUCAUAGUUGGACAAUGACAUUUCCAGGUUUUUUAAGCGAAUGAGUUGAAAUAUUGGGUUUUAAUUUUAUUCAUAUGAUAGAAUGGUCUAAGACGAACAGAAUGAUAUAAAUUUUGAUGAAUUUACGUUAUCCUUAAGUGAUUUAACGGCUUAUCGACUAAAUAUCGACUAAACGUCGCUAAAUCACUUAUGGAUAACGUAAAUUCAUCAAAAUUUACAUCAUUCUGUUCGUCUUAGACCAUUCUAUCAUAUGAAUAACAUUAAAAUUCAAUAUUUUAACUCACUUGCUUAAAAAACCUGGAAAUGUCAUUUAGUCGAUGUGUUUCACCUAAAAGUUCGAUAGUUCGAUAGAGCGCACUUGCUUUUUUCCCCAAAAAACUCAUUUUUCUAGGCUUGGACCAGUGGACAAUGGAUGACUGAGAAAAAAGGAGGAAGUGAUGUGGCUGGAGGAUGUGAUACUUAUGCAACUCAUAUUGAGGGAGAUACCGUAAGUUGCGCUAAAAUUCGACUAUUUCAUCAGAAAUCCCUUAGUACAAACUUCAUGGCUACAAAUGGUUCAGUUCGGCAGUAGACGCAGAUGUUGCGCUAACUCUUGCGAGAGUUGUGGAUACGGAUGGAAAUUCGGUAGAGGGAACACGAGGACUUUCGCUGUUUUUGUUGAAAUUGAGAGAUGAUGAGGGGAAUUUGAAUGGAAUUCAGAUGGUCCGCCUCAAAAAUAAACUUGGCACCAAACAACUUCCAACCGGUGAACUAUUACUUGAUGGUGUAAUUGCUGAAAGAAUUGGUGAACCUGGACGAGGAGUUGCUGGAAUAUCGAAUAUGCUGAAUAUUACCAGAAUUCACAACGCUGUCGCUUCAAUCGGAUAUAUGAGACGGAUUAUUUCAUUGGCUAGAGAUUAUUCGACAAAAAGAGUCGUUUUCGGACAAGUUCAGGCAAAAUGGCCACUUCACACUUCAACAAUUGCAAAAAUGGAAGUUGAAACCAGAGGAUGUAUGUUGCUUUUAUUGGAAUCUGCGAGAUUAUUGGGAUUAUCGGUGAGUCCGAUCGACAUUUUCACGGUUUUUAAGGAAAUGAGUUGAAAUAUUGGGUUCUAAUGUUAUUCAUAUGAUAGAAUGGUCGAAGAGGAACAGAAUGAUAUAAAUUUUGAUGAGUUUAUGUAAUCCAUAAGGGAUUUAGCGAUUUUUAGUCGAUAAGCCGCUAAAUCACUUAUGGAUAACGUAAAGUCAUCAAAAUUUAUAUCAUUCUGUUCGUCUUCGACCAUUCUAUCAUAUGAAUAACAUUAGAACCCAAUAUUUCAACUCAUUUGCUUGAAAAACCUGAAAAUGUCAUUUAGAGCUCUAAAUCUAGAUCAAACCCCAAAUUUCCUACAGGAAGCCAAUAAAUCUACACCCACUGAACUCUCGCUUCUCCGCCUUAUCACACCAAUCGUCAAAUUAUACGCUGGAAAACAGGCGGUGCCUUUGGUCUCCGAAGGAAUUGAAUGUUUUGGUGGUCAGGGAUAUAUGGAGGAUACUGGUUUACCGGGAAUUUUAAGAGAUGCGCAAGUCACACCGAUUUGGGAAGGAACUACAAAUGUUUUGAGUUUGGAUGUGCUUCGCGUUUUUUCGGGAAAAGAUAAUGUGUUGUUGGAUUUUGCGAAAAGAAUCGAGGAAUUGCUUGGAAAACAAGCGAAAUCUCAGAAGCUGCAAGAAUCUUCGAAGAAAAUUCGCGAAGCUUUGAAGGAAUUGCAGGUUUUAUUGGUGAAAGCCAGCGAUUCUGCGUUGAAUAGCUCGGCGAGAAUUGACAAUGUUGCGAGGAGUAUUGCGUUUGCGAUUGCGAGAAUUUAUUCGGGAGCUUUGUUGGUGGAACAUGCGGCGGAUGAAAGUGUGGCGAAUGAUGCGGAUGUGGAGGUCGCGUAUAGGUAAGAAAACUUGAAUCCAACCCGAAUUUUAAAAUUUCAUUUCAAAAUUUUCAGAUGGUGCUGCGAACAGCCAUUAAUUGAUCUACGCUGGGAAUGGUUUUCAACAGAACGUGUCGCUGCUGAUCGAUCGAUUGUUUUCGAUUCUUUUGUUGGAGCCAGUAAAUUGUGA